CUGAUGUCAGUGAUCGCGCUUGUCGCAUUCCCUGUCGGUCUCUUAAACAUCCACUUUCCUCGGUGGACGCGGUCAGACGACGGAUAAGAUGUUUGGAAAAGGGAAGGACAAGGGCCAGACGACGACGAGCGACGAGAAGUUGAGGGAGGUGGAUUCGCAGGAGAAGGAUGGGGGCCGCGACGCAUCGUUGGACACCAAGCACACCAGAGUCGAUGAGGGGAAGAACACGCAGACGCCCGGGAACAUGAAGACCAACGUCUUCCUCGACACGGGCGACGUCCGUUUGAAAGUGCGGGAGCACUGGUGGCAGAUUUGGCGUCCUGCCGAUCCUCCCCCACCCCCUCCAGCUUCGUUGGAUGAUGCCUCCAUCAUUCCACUCGCAAAUGCCUCAUUCCUCUCGAAAAUCACCUACGCAUGGAUAUCACCUAUGAUGGUGCUCGGGUACCAACGCACCCUACAAGCCACGGACCUCUGGCGCAUCGACGACGAGCGCUCUGCCGAGGUCCUCUCGCGAAAAUUGGACCAGUCCUGGGCACGACGCAAGAAGGUCGCCGCCGAGUACAAUUCCAAGCUCGCGGCGGGCGAGAUCAAGCCGUCGGCGUGGAAGCGGGUGACAUGGAGCGUGAAGGCGUUGAAAGGCGGAAAGGGCAGCUACGGGGACAGAAGGAAGGCGUUGGAGAUCAAAUGGCAGGAGGUCGAUGGUAGGAAGGACCCGAGCUUGGCGUAUGCGUUGAACGACGUGUUCGGGCUGAGUUUCUGGCUUGCCGGAGUGUUCAAGGUCUUUGGGGAUACCUCUCAACUCAUGUCCCCUUUGCUGAUCAGGGCUAUCAUUAACUUCGGGAAAGCUCGUAUCAUGGCUCGCGAUGGCGACGGACCGCCGCCGAGCGUUGGUCGUGGUGUCGGUAUGGCCCUCGGCCUCUGGAUAUUGACGAUAUGCGCGAGUAUCGGGCAGCAUCAGUUCUUCUGGAGAUCGAUGAUGACGGGCGUUCUGGCUCGCUCGGCUCUGAUCGCGUCCAUAUACAGGCGUGGCGUCAACUUGACGGGCAAGGCCAGGACAAAGCUGCCGAAUGCGGCCUUGGUCAAUCAUAUCUCAACAGAUGUCAGCCGCAUAGAUGCCGCUGCACAAUGGUUUCAUGCCGGUUGGACGGCACCCGUUCAAGUCAGUAUCUGUCUUAUCAUCCUAUGUGUUCAGCUCGGUCCGUCGGCGUUGGCGGGUUUCGCACUUUUCGCACUCGUAGCACCUAUGCAGACGCACAUCAUGUCAAUGCAGUUCAAAAUCCGACGCAAGACGAACGUCUGGACUGACCAGCGUGCUAAGCUCUUGCUGGAAGUUCUGAGCUCCAUGCGAAUCGUCAAGUAUUUCACGUAUGAAGUGCCCUUCCUGAAUCGCAUCUUCAGUAUCCGCCACAACGAGCUGAAGGGCGUGCGGAGGAUUCAAUUCCUCCGAUCCCUGAACAUCGCAACCGCGUUCUCGGUUCCAGCUUUAGCGGCGACACUGGCCUUCCUGACCUACACCCUGACCGCGCACAACUUCAACGAAGCGAUCAUCUUCUCCUCGCUCUCGCUAUUCAACCUGCUCCGUCAGCCGCUCAUGCUCAUGCCCCGCGCGCUCUCCGCCAUCAGUGACGCCCGCAACGCGCUCGGGCGGCUACGCGUCGUAUUCGACGCCGAGAUCCUGAGCGACGAUCCAAUCGUCAUAGACCCGAAUAUGGCUGCCGCGCUCGAGGUCGUCGACGCUACGUUCGAGUGGGAGGAGAGCAUGGCGGUGAAGGAGGCGAAGGAGAAGAGCGCGAAGGAGAAGGGGAAGGGAAAGAGGGGAGGCGGUGGAGACAAGUCGGGCGCGGCGACGCCGGCGGCGGUGACAGGCAACAAGCCGUUCCAGAUGAGGGACGUGAAUAUGUCGGUGCCGAGGGGGAGCUUGGUGGCGAUCGUCGGGCCCGUCGGGAGCGGCAAGUCGAGUUUGCUCCAGGGGUUGAUCGGGGAGAUGAGGAAGUUGAAGGGGGAUGUGAAGUUUGGCGGACGAGUGGGUUAUUGCCCGCAGACGGCUUGGAUCCAGAAUGCAACUCUGCGUGAUAACAUUGUCUUCGGUCAAGCAUGGGACGAAGAUCGUUAUUGGGAAGCGAUCGAGAACGCGUCGUUGGUCGCGGAUCUCCAGGUUCUACCUGACGGCGACCUCACUGAGAUCGGCGAGAAGGGCAUCAAUUUGUCUGGGGGUCAGAAACAACGCGUUAAUAUCGCUCGUGCUCUGUACUUUGACGCGGAUGUCGUCGUCUUUGACGAUCCUCUCAGUGCAGUCGAUGCUCAUGUCGGUCGUGCGCUAUUCAAUGACGCUAUUAUCGGCUCACUGCGAGCACGGGGCAAGAGCGUCAUCCUAGUCACUCACGCCCUUCAUUUCAUGUCACAAUGCGACUACAUUUAUACCGUUGCAAAUGGCACGAUUGUCGAACAAGGCACCUAUGACGAGCUAAUUGCGGCGGACGGCGAAUUCGCGCGCCUGGACAAAGAAUUCGGUGGCGCGGAGCACGACGCGGAAGAGGCUGGUGACGAAGAGGCCGCUAUCGAGGGCGACGCAAAGAACACGGGCAACGGCUAUGCGCUCGAGCAAGCCAAGCAGAAGUCGCAGAAGCGGAGUGGAGCGGGCAGCGGCAAGUUAGAAGGCCGGCUUAUUGUAGCCGAAAAACGUGUCACCGGAUCGGUACCGUGGCGGGUUUACUGGGAGUACUUCAAGGCUGGCCAAGGAUACUGGACGGGACCUUUCAUCCUAUUUUGCAUGAUCAUAAUGCAAGGCAGUCAGAUCAUGAACUCGUACACCUUGGUUUGGUGGCAAGCGAAUACCUUCAAUCGCCCCAUCUCGUUCUACCAGAUUAUCUAUGGCUGUCUUGCCAUCUCACAGGCUACAUUCACAUUCCUUCUGGGCGUCUUCAUGGACGUCAUGUCCUUCCACGUCUCGCAAAACCUCCACCACCAUGCCUUGCAAAACCUGUUCUAUGCGCCAAUGUCGUUGUUUGAUACUACGCCCCUCGGCCGUAUCUUGAGCGUCUUCGGGAAGGAUAUCGAUACUGUCGAUGAUCAGCUAGCCGUGUCUAUGCGAAUGACUGUCAUUACAAUCACUAGCGCUAUAGGAGCUAUCGUCAUCAUAUCAAUUCUCGAACAUUACUUCCUUAUCGCCGCUGCUUUCAUCGCUUUCGGGUAUAACUACUUCGCGAGCUUCUACAGGGCCAGUGCCCGCGAGAUGAAGCGCUUGGAUUCGAUGUUACGUAGUUUGCUUUACGGACACUUCUCCGAAUCCUUGACGGGUAUUCCGACGAUACGAAGCUACAAGGAGAUACCUCGCUUCAUUCGCGAGAACACUUACUACAUCGACCUGGAGAAUCGUGCCCUGUUCUUGACAGUCACCAAUCAGAGAUGGCUUGCCAUUCGACUCGACUUCUGUGGUGGUAUGAUGAUCUUCGUGAUCGCCAUGCUCGUUGUGAAUGCCGUUAAUGGCAUCAACGCUGCGCAAAUUGGUCUUGUGUUAACGUACACGACACAAUUGACUCAAAUCUUCGGCAUGGUGACUCGUCAGUCCGCUGAGGUCGAGAACUACAUGAACUCCGUGGAACGAGUUGUUGGCUACAGUCGCAGCGAUCUCAUCGAACAAGAGGCCCCACAUGAAAAGCCGGACGUCAAACCACCGCCUGAGUGGCCUACGGAAGGCUCCAUCGAGUUCAAGGAUAUCCGUAUGAGUUACCGAAAAGGCUUGCCGGAUGUCCUGAAAGGAAUCACGAUGAAGAUAAACGGAGGCGAGAAGAUCGGCGUCGUCGGUCGAACAGGCGCGGGCAAAUCUUCUCUAAUGCUCGCUUUGUUCCGAAUUGUGGAGCUGAACACCGGCUCCAUCACCCUAGAUGGAAUCGACAUCUCAGCCAUCGGUCUCAAUGACCUGCGUAGAAAGAUUGCCAUCAUCCCGCAGGAUCCUCUGUUAUUCAGUGGAACGAUACGAUCAAACCUAGACCCCUUCAAUCUUUAUGAUGACGCACACUUGUGGGAUGCACUCCGACGUUCCUACCUGAUUGAGACCCCGACACUGCCCGAGUCAGAAAAAGCCGCCCUAUUGGAUGAAGAUGCAGGCGUUCGUACACCGCAGUCACGUCGCUUCAACCUUGAGACUGUCGUGGAAAGUGAAGGAGCCAAUCUCUCUGUUGGCGAACGUUCGCUUCUCAGCUUGGCCCGCGCUCUCGUGAAGGACAGCAAAGUAGUAGUUCUCGAUGAAGCGACGGCGUCCGUCGAUCUUGAGACCGACGCCAAGAUCCAGAAGACAAUUUCCACCGAAUUCAGCGACCGCACCCUGCUUUGCAUCGCACACAGACUCCGAACCAUCAUCCACUAUGAUCGUAUUCUUGUCAUGGAUCAAGGCCAGAUUGCUGAACUUGAUACACCAAUGAACCUUUUCCUCAAGAAGGACAGUAUAUUCAGGGGCAUGUGCGAUGGCAGCAACAUCACUAUGGAGGAGAUGGAACGAGCCGAGGCCCAACGACCACAUGAACGACUUCAUGCGUAUGUAUACGGGAGCGUAGAUAACUCGUGA